CGAAGCCCAUUUCUGAUGGCUGCACAAGAAAGAGCAUAUGACAAAAUCAUAUAAUCAGUCUCUUUAUAUUAACUACUAUGCAAUGCAAUGAUAGCUUUUUACCUGUCGAUAAGAAUAGAAAGAGAACACGUUGUGUUGGUUCAACUCUAUUGUACUAUAUCUAUGCAGAUUGAAGUAACAGUCUUCCCUCUCCCCUCCCUCCCUUGUGUUAUGUUUGUACCCUGUUUUGUACCUUGUGCUGGUCAGUUAUUUUGGUGCAAUGACAAAUUAAACCGAAUUAGAGCGAUUCAGGAGGACUCUACCACCGGACAGUCCGGUCACACCAGAUUUCUGCGGAGAUCUUCAUUUAUGUGAUGAAGUAACAGGCUGUGCUAGAAUGUCAAACUUUGCGAACUGCGUCUGAUGAGACGAGGACUAUAACUCGCUGAGAAGAACGUUUCAAAAACUGUGGAUUUCACUUGAACAUCAACAUGAAGUUCGCCCAGAUCAUGCUGAAGAACAGCUCAAAGCUGAACAUACCUAAACAAGUGGACAGAUUUUCAAAGUACUCUCCGUCCCCGCUGUCAAUGAAGCAGUUCAUUGACUUUGGAUCAGCCAAUGCCUGUGAAAAGACCUCCUUCAUGUUUUUAAGGCAAGAGCUUCCUGUCCGUUUAGCCAACAUCAUGAAGGAGAUCGACUUCCUCCCAGACAAACUGCUCAGCACGCCUUCACUGAAGCUGCUUCAUAGCUGGUAUGCGCAGAGUUUGAUGGAGCUUGUUGACUUUUUGGAGAAAGACCCUGAUGAUAAAAAAAUCCUAACUAAAUUCACAGAAACACUGAUCAAUGUCAGGAACAGGCACAACAAUGUGGUGCCCACCAUGGCACAGGGCGUGCUGGAGUACAAGGAGGCCUUUGGCGUGGAUCCCGUGACCAAUCAGAACGUCCAAUAUUUUUUGGACCGCUUCUACAUGAGCCGAAUCUCCACACGCAUGCUGAUGAAUCAGCACUCGUUAAUCUUCGAUGGCAGCACCAAUCCAGCCCACCCCAAACACAUUGGCAGUAUCGACCCAAACUGUGACGUUGUGGAGGUUGUAAAAGAUGCCUAUGAGAGUGCCAAGAUGCUGUGUGAUCAGUACUACUUGACCUCUCCCGAAGUGGAAAUCAAACAAGUGAACUGUGAGCGAGAAUUUUUUUCUCUCAGACUUUCAGUCUUUGUGUGUCCUGUACAUGUUAAAGGAUCCAGUGACCCUAUACAUAUAGUUUAUGUGCCUUCUCAUCUGUACCACAUGCUCUUUGAGCUCUUCAAGAAUGCAAUGAGAGCAACUGUGGAAACCCAUGAGACCAGCCUACAUCUACCACCAAUCAAAGUGAGAGUUUCUCUAGGAAGUGAAGAUCUGACCAUCAAGAUGUCUGACAGAGGAGGUGGAGUUCCUUUGAGGAAAAUCGAAAGGCUUUUCAGCUACAUGUAUUCAACUGCACCGAGUCCUGUGGCUGAAAACAGCCGUAAUGCUCCCCUGGCUGGUUUUGGCUAUGGUCUUCCUAUUUCCCGCCUUUAUGCCAAGUACUUCCAGGGAGAUCUGCAGCUCUACUCUAUGGAAGGAUACGGCACGUCGGCAGUCAUAUAUCUAAAGGCCUUAUCCACUGAAUCAAUAGAAAAACUUCCUGUCUUCAACAAGUCAGCCUUAAGGCAUUAUCAAACGAGCAUGGAGGCAGACGACUGGUGCAUCCCGAGCAGCGAGCCCAAGAAACUAGGAAAGUACGAGUACAGUGUUUGAGAGGAAUGAGAAGCACAUACGAUAAACAUAAGGACUGAACUAUAGUGGAGUUAAUUUGGGUAAGCAUCUAUGUGACUGUUGAGGUAUUUCAGACGCUUGGUUUUAUCAAAGGGUUGAUAAUUGACUUUAUGAAUGCUACAGUCUGAAUAACAAGGGCAUUUUUGUCUUCCACAUCUCACAUUGCUUAUAAUACACCAUGCAUUUAAUUUGCGGUGCUAACUCUUUCAUUCAGAGUUUCACAGGACAUUCUUCUUCUGUGAUGUCAGAGACUUCAGUCGAAUAUACUGAAGCUGACUGGUUGUUUGAGCACUUGUUGAUUCCUACACAUUACCACAGAUUCUGUAAGUGUGUUUUAGAGUAUGUGAACUUGUGUUUUAGUCAGUGGGGCCAAGUUACCAGCUUUGUGUGAGUUAUAGCAUGUAUUUCUAGCAAAUAUUUGGGAGAACACACAAGCAUCUGAAAGUAACCAAGGCUUUAUAUAUUUCCUUGGUUAAAAAUGCAUUCACAAUGCAAAUAUUAGAAUGACCAUAGUUGUGUGUUGCUUUAUUGUGAUCUUGAAAUGUUCCUCUAACAGUUGGACCUACUGUCUAACACUCCAUUUAGUUUUGAGUGUAAAAAUGAGAUGCUGUCAAUAAGGCCAAAUCAUUUCAUAAACAUGCGAGAGUUGUUGUCAAAAUGACAUCCAAGUUACUUCACUGACAUUAAAAACAAUGAAUUUAAUUUGACACUAUCUAAUAUGUAAUAAUAAUAGACUGAGUUGUGUUAGAAGAAACCGACAAAGUAAGUUUGGGCCCAGGUUCGUUGCUAUGUUAUUCAUUUAUUUAAAACUGGCUAGAUGGAUUAGACAGUGUUGCUUUUUGCUAUGUGUGAAGCUUUUUGACCACAAAAAUGUAUGAUCUUUGUGACAACAGCUUCUGGCUGAACAUUUCAGGUAUUCUGUAUGAACAAAAAUGACAUGUAGCUCUAUUUGAUUCGUUUUUGAGCAUGAAAACACUGAAGAGGCAAUAUUUUCAUUAUUUUCAUUUGCGUAUAAAUGAAAGAUAAAUUAAAUGUCUUGUUUUUAAAUAUAUUAUCUCAGGAUUGUGCUGAUUUGACUUUCUAGUUUUGUUUUUAUUGUUGUUUUGUUUUCAUUUUACUGUAAUAUUUGCAAAGUUGGUUUUUUGAAAGCAAUGUGAAGGACCUGUAUGAAUUUUAAGGGAACUCAAGUGGCAGCAGCUGCUCUGUUUCAAGUGACACUCAUCAAACUCUGGGUAGGUUUCAGCUGCUAGCAGUUUGCUCUGCUAACAAGUAUUUGACUCAUUCAGAGAUGGAAGUAUUUAGACAACCUCAAUAGAUCAUUUGCACGUUUCAAGCUAUAAUCGAGAACUGACAUGUUGAUGUUAUUAAUUCAUACCUCAUAAGCUUAAUUUGCAGUCAUGGAGAGCUUGACAUAUCCAUCCUCAUGAAAUCACACCUGCUUCUUGACGUGUUCUUGAUACACAAUCCUGUAUUCACAAUGAAGCAACUGUGUUAAUGGAUGCACAGUACGAUUCGUGAAACUCACUCGUGCAGUGAGAGAGUGCCAUUUUCUGUACUAUUAAAACAAUGAAUGAAGAAAAA